AUGGGCAGUUACAGCCUCGUGCCCUCCACCCAGUUGGUUCCGAUGGAGCGGGCGGGUCGGCGGCCGGAGAGGACGAUGAAGCGGAACUCCCGGAGUUGUGCGGCGCGCGCCGCGCCUGGCGCCGCCCCCGCCCCGCCUCGAUGGGACUGCAGCAUCAUGUCUGAUGAGUCGCUUAAAGAAAGUUCCGAGCCCAACCCGGAUGAGUUUAUACAGCAUUGCUUUAAACGCUUCAAGUACAGAGAGAAGCAUCCAAAUGCUUUCAUGAAACUGAAACCAAGUCGAUUUGGCCCAGCGGCACCCAGACGUCGCAUUCUUAUCGCCCCACCUAUGCAAGGGACGUCUCUUCCCAGUGCCAGACUACUCUCACCUGAACCCGUGGGUCAAAAGCAGGAAACGUUCCCUGCCAAAGAACAUCUUAAGGAAGUUGCUAAAAUUCCUACAGAGGGAGAUGAAAUGAAAGAACUGUCAGCUUGGAUUGAGGAGAGGAAGAAAUUGCAGAAUCUACUGAACAAAUGUGAAGAUGUUGAGUCGUGGCUGCUGGGGAAAGAAUCCCACAGUGAACAGGAAGCCAGCAUCCUGAGAAAAAUAAGGGAGCCCAGAGAAGUGAAGAAGGCCCAGAUGAAAGUCCAGUUAACUGCUGCCAGCAGCGUUGAGCCACUGUCAGCAAAAAAGCCAAAGAAAACCCUCCCUCUCAUCGCAGCUCCCUAUCCAGAGUCUCUCAUUACCCUGCAAAAUCUUCUGCGUGAUCAUAAAUCCAGGCUUGUGGAUAUAUUCAACAAAGAAGAUCGUACCAAGACCAUGAAGUUCAAAAGAGCAGACUUCAUCAGAAUCAUUGAAAGGACCAAGGUGCCUAUCAGUAAAAAUGACCUGGAGGAUGCGGUCAUCUACCUCACUUCCACAAAGAAAGGGAAUUACAUAACCAACAGUGAUCUGGUCGAGUGUCAGAAAAUAUGGCUGGAGUACCUAAGGGAGCAAUGGAGACAGACCAAAGAAGCCAAACCAGGUGGGGUGGGGGAAAGAGUGUGCCCACCCGCCAACCAAAAAGUUGGUCUCAUGACUCCAAAGAGGCUUCAAUCAAGUUGUAGCAAGUCUAAACUUGGACCGUCUCAGAAAGCUAAAUCAAACUACUUGGAGGUUCCUCCCAUCAACACGGAACCGGACCGGAUGCAUCUAAGUUAUACUAAAAUGGAAGAGGUUGGGAAGAGAUACAGAGAAGUGAGACGGCGCCUAAAGAGGAAGACCAACCCCUUAGAGUGGGCAGAAAAGUGUCGCGUGGUGAAGACAGGAGACCAGGCUGUGGAUGGUCAUUGCAUGAUGAGCACUAUUGAGGGUGACAUGGGAGAACUGGUGGACCAUCAUCGGAUGGCUUGCCACCUUGUCUGGUUUCAGUGCGUCAAGCUUUGUGAACAAUAUGGAGUUCCGCUUAGUGAAAAACUGCUGAAAAGAGCUCUUCUUUACCCAGGGGAUAAAUUAUUAAAUUAUAAGGGUACCAGACAAAAGUUAAGACAACCAGGAGGUUAUUAUGAAGCUUACAAACAACAAGAAUCUUCAAGUAGUUCAAGGAGUAGAUCAAGGAGUAAAUCGCGAGAGAAGUCAAAAAGCCCUCCCAAGGAAAAAAGGCGGGCGAGGCAGCGACGGAUGGAAGAGCGAGUGCCUCAGGAAAAGUCCAUGCGGGGACGAUGGAGGUCCUACAGAGAGUUUAGGAACCUAAUGAGAGGACACUCAAAAAGGCUGCGGCUUGCUGCACAAAAUCUUUUAAAUGAAAAGUCCUGUCGCAAAUUAACUGAGCAGUCACAAAGAGAGUUUAAAAACCUAUUCAUGGAAAGGGAGUUGAGAAAAAUGUUUGACUUCCUCAAUCCCAAGACAGACGCCAACAGCUUCUGGCCAGGACAUCUUCUAGACAAACUGCGUCUGUACCUACCCCAGAUGGAACAUGAUGAAGGAGAAGCUCUGUUCAGCCAUGUUUCUCGUACACGCCCUGCAUAUUCGAGCACUUACCAUCCUAACCGCAGCUGGCCAAUCAGUGAGCAGACGUUUGUGACCUAUGGCGAUCCAGAUUCCCGAAAGGAUUACUAUUAUAUUUGA